AUGUCGUGGAAAAAUUUGACAGACAAGAAACAUAUUUCAAAAAAUGAUUCAAAAAGUAUCAACGAAGACAAAAAUAAAGAUGAAAAUGAAGAAGAAAGUCCUAAUAAGAGAUACCGAAACAGUUUUAUGAAGCAAUUUCCCGAAUUAUAUCGAAGCGAUGUCUCAAUUAAUCCAAGUUAUACCGGGCUUAAUAAUUUACCUUAUUACAUAAAAUGCCGAAGACGCGUUCACAAAACAAAGAAGCAAAUAACGAGACAAAUAAACCGCGAGAUUCAUCACAUCGCUAUGAUGCAGCCCUACGCGUUGUCAAGUGUCAGGAUUGAUAGAGUUUUCAGCGUCGGGUUUCCUCCAGAAGCCCUCAUCGUGCCGGAAUUCGCGACAGACAAGGAAAAAAGACGAAUUAAUAAACUUAUGAGUGACAGAUAA